CAAACAUACUUAUCUAUCUAUCUAUCUAUCUCGUUCCUUCUUCCUCAAUCGUGCGUGUUUGGAUUGGAUCGACAACACAGGGCUGCGGCGCCAAACACCACUCACUUUUCCUCAUCGGCCACUCUUUCAGUGAUUGAUACAAGGAUAAGUUACCUGACAGUGAUCAUUGAAGCAUACAGCUGUAGCAACAUGUGGUCAGGCAUUAUUUAAGCAAGAAAAACUAUUAAAAUGCUGUCUACUAGUGCUGCUGCUCAGCUUCCCAGUUGCUCGUACCACAUUCCCAGCCAUCAUCAUGCCCAACGAAAGAGAAAACUCACCACUCUAUCACUUGCCAAUGCAGAUAGCCAAGUCCCUCUGAGAAACUUCUAUGGUCCAAGUCUUCCUCAGACACAGAGUUGCAACAAAGGGCUAGAAAGCAAUUACAGGUCUAGAUACAAUUCCAAUUCAAAUCAGAACGACAAACACCUGUUCCUUAUUAAAUACUUCUCACUUGCUGACUCAGAAGACACCAGUAAUCAAAAUCCAGAAACCAGAAACCACAGUCAACGUCAACCAGACAGACAAAGGGAAUUCAAGGAACACAAAAAAGACAGUGCACUUUUCACUAAGAUGUGGUGGGCAGAUUUGAAAGCGGCAUUUGGCCAAAGAAUCAACUUUGAGGGCAUUCUAUGUUCAACUAUGGUCAUCUUAAAAGACCCAAAAUUGUCACUGCCACAUAUUUCAGUUCCUGAUAUAAGAUACAUUGACUGGGCUGCUCUACAUAGAAAGGGAUUUAAGGGUGUUGUCUUUGACAAAGAUAAUACUAUUACAGUACCCUACUCUUUAACGCCGUGGCCUCCGCUUGAAUCUUCAUUGGAAAGUUGUAAAUCAGAGUUUGGUCAAGAUAUUGCUGUAUUUAGUAACUCAGCUGGACUUCGUGAGUAUGACCAUGAUGGUUCAAAAGCUAGGAAUCUUGAGGGUACAAUUGGAAUUAAAGUCAUCAGACACAGAGUGAAGAAGCCAGGUGGCACAGCUGAAGAAAUUGAAAAGCAUUUUGGUUGUGAAGCAUCAGAGUUAAUCAUGGUGGGUGAUCGCCCCUUCACUGACAUUGUUUAUGGCAAUCGGAAUGGGUUUCUAACUAUUUGGACAGAGCCAUUGAGCCUUGCAGAGGAGCCAUUUAUUGUUAAGCAGGUUAGGAAGCUAGAAACUACAUUUGUAAAGUACUGGUCUAGAAGAGGGUUGAAGCCACUUGACCAGAAGCUAUUGCCAGAUCCUAGACAUUGUGUCAAAGAGCCGCCACAUCCUUGAUUGUGUCUCCAUAACAUAUUAAUUUUUUGGGUCAUUAGAAUACUGUCCCGUAGUAAUGCAUACAAGUCAAUUUUUGUCGCAUUAUUUACUAUUUUUUUUUACCAAACUGGUAGUGUAUUAUCACCCACCAACCUGUCUUUUUGGUCAGUUAAGUUAUCUCCUGCUACAUAAUAUCUGUAAGGGCAAAUUACACUAA